AUUUCGCUGGCUAAAGGACGGACAGCAGUUUGACCCUGCCGCAGACCCCCGGCUAUCAGUAUCAGAAAAUUCCGGAAGUUUCAGCAUCUCGGGGGAAGGACCCAUCAGCCAGUACCAGGGGAGGUACCGCUGCUAUGCCUCAAAUGAGCUGGGCACUGCCGUCUCUACGGAAGCCAGACUCAUUACAGAGAGUACUCCCACUCUGGCGAAGGAGAAGAAAGUGCAAAUCAAGGUAGAACAAGGAGACAAAGUCAUUUUGUACUGUAAUCCUCCUUUCAGCACAACCAAGCCUCACAUCCACUGGAUGGAUAGAAACUUGAAGCACAUAGAACAGAGUGAACGUGUGACCAAGGGCCAAGACGGGAGCCUCUAUUUUUCCAAUGUGCUUUCCACGGACAGCCGUAAUGACUACAUCUGCCACGCCCAGUAUAUCUUUGCCAGAACCAUCCUGCCGAAAGAGCCGGUCUCUCUCAUUGUGGCCCCCUGUAA